GGCGGGCAGCGACGCCCGGUCGUCUCCCGACGCGUCGGGGAAGCUCCAACCGACUGCCCGAUGGGCGGGCCGGAGGGGUGUGGGCCCGGGGGCCGCGGCGCUCCGCGGGCCAGUUGCUGGUUGUCAGGACAGUCUCCGCGGGAGUGGGACGAGGUUGCGUCCCUCGGUCCGGGACGUCCGGUGCCAGCGUAAGGAUGAAAGCCCAGAGGACGCAGGGCCGCUGGAAGCGCAGGUAACGGAGCCGGGGUGCGGUGGGGCCGCGGCGGGCUUCUCGGACCCGUGCCGGAUGGAGAGGACCGAGGCGACGCUGAGUCGCGGCUCCUAGCGGCGGGACAGCCUGAGCUGCAGCUGCCAGGCGAGGAUGUGUGGAGCCCGGGCGGCACAGGGGAGCUGAGCGCCUUCGGGCCCCAGGACCCCCGGGGCCAGGGAUGAGUUAGCGAGGGCAGCCGCGGAGGCCCAUUCCGAUCGCUGCAGGCCACGGCCGCCGCCCGCCCGCCCUUUCCGUGCGGGAUCCGCUAGCUCCUUUACGCGCCUGCCCGCGCUCCCAGCCCCGGAGACCAUGAGGUUCCGCAUCUACAAGCGGAAGGUGCUGAUCUUGACGCUCGUGGUGGCCGCCUGCGGCUUCGUCCUCUGGAGCAGCAAUGGGCGACAAAGGAAGAAUGAGGCCCUCGCCCCGCCGCUGCUGGACGCCGAGCCCGUGCGGGGUGCGGGCGCCCGGGCCGGGGACCAUCCUGCCAUAUCCGUGGGCAUCCGCCGGGGCUCCAACGAUUCGGCGGCUCCGCUGGUCGCGGCAGCCCCGCAGCCCGAGGUGGACAACCUGACGCUGCGGUACCGGUCCCUAGUGUACCAGCUGAACUUUGACCAGACGUUGAGGAAUGUGGAUAAGGCCAGCUCCUGGGUCCCCCGCGAGCUUGUGCUGGUAGUCCAGGUGCACAACCGGCCCGAAUACCUCAAACUGCUCCUGGACUCACUUCGGAAAGCCCAGGGAAUCGACAACGUCCUCGUCAUCUUUAGCCAUGACUUCUGGUCGACUGAGAUUAAUCAGCUGAUCGCUGGGGUGGAUUUCUGUCCGGUUCUGCAGGUGUUCUUUCCUUUCAGCAUUCAGUUGUACCCUAACGAGUUUCCGGGUACUGACCCCAGAGAUUGCCCUAGAGACCUGGAGAAGAAUGCAGCUUUGAAGAUGGGAUGCAUUAAUGCUGAAUAUCCCGACUCCUUCGGCCAUUACAGAGAGGCCAAGUUCUCCCAAACCAAACACCACUGGUGGUGGAAGCUGCAUUUCGUAUGGGAGAGGGUCAAAGUCCUUCGAGACUAUGCUGGCCUCAUACUUUUCCUAGAGGAGGAUCACUACGUAGCCCCAGACUUUUACCAUGUCUUCAAAAAGAUGUGGAAAUUAAAGCAGCAAGAGUGUCCUGAGUGUGACGUUCUCUCCCUGGGGACCUAUACUACCGUUCGCAGUUUCCAUGACGUUGCUGACAAGGUAGAUGUGAAAACGUGGAAAUCCACGGAGCACAAUAUGGGUCUGGCCUUGACCCGGGAUGCCUAUCAGAAGCUGAUCGAGUGCACAGACACUUUCUGUACUUAUGAUGAUUAUAACUGGGACUGGACACUUCAAUAUUUGACUGUAUCUUGUCUUCCAAAAUUUUGGAAAGUGCUGGUUCCUCAGGUUCCUAGGAUUUUUCAUGCUGGAGACUGUGGUAUGCAUCACAAAAAAACCUGUAGACCAUCCACACAGAGUGCCCAAAUUGAGUCACUCUUAAAUAGUAACAAACAGUACAUGUUUCCCGAAACUUUAACUAUCAGUGAAAAAUUGACAGCAGCCCUUUCCCCACCUAGGAAAAAUGGAGGGUGGGGAGACAUUAGGGACCAUGAACUCUGUAAGAGUUAUAGAAGACUGCAGUAAAAAAAAAAAAAAUACUCAAUUGCAAAAGGUGACAGUCUUCUAUUUUUGAUAUUUGUCCAAAACAGGAUAUACAAUUGAAUAAAAGAGUUUAGGAACUGG